AUGAAUAAUUAAAAUGAGAUAAAUAUUAGCUCUAGGAGAUCCAGUAUUGGACCGACUUUUAAAAGAAAUCCAUCAUAUUUAUAAUAUAGAAAGUAAAAUUCAGAUUGCUCCAUCUAUUCAGAAUCAAAAGAUUAAAUAGAAUCGAAUAGACAACUAAAGCAAGAAUAUGAGGAGAGAUAGUCAAGGGCUCUUUCAAAUUAUAGUUCAUUUGCAGUAAUAUGCCUUCUAAAAUUAGAAAAAACUAUUUUAAAAAAGUGGGGAUAAUAAAAAGUAAUUUAGCGAUUCAGAAAAGGUAACAAACUUUUUGAAACAAAUCAAAGGCAAAGCAAUCAUUAAUAGAUUUAUCUCGAAUCUUUUUAGAAACUCAUACAUUCUACCUUAAAAGUUAAAGUCAGAAAUUUAAGAUUAGUACUUAUCAAAGCACACUUCUCUUUUAAAAGAUUAGUCAGGUACUCUUUCUUUCUAUUUCAAUAGAUAUUGGAGACGAUUCCAAAUUUAUCAAAAUAUUUCAACCAGGAAGUCAGUUGUUAAUGUAUUGGGAUUUAAUUGGAAUUAUUAUCAACAUGAUUUCUUUGUGGCUAAGUCCAUUUUAAGCAGCUUUCACUUAUCAAUCCCCACUUUUCUUGAUCGUCACUAUUAUUUGGUAUUUAUUUUUGGAGAUUUUGGUCAAUUUAAAUAGAUCCACCAUUUCAUUUGGAGAUAUCAUAAAUACAAGAAGCGAAAUAGUUAAACAUUAUUUAUAAGGGUAGGGGGCGUAAGAUAUAAUAAGUCUUAUAAUUUGGAUAGCUAUAUUCAAUAAAUCUCAAGAGAGUCUAAUAUUCGAAAUUCUAUAAAUGAUAUAAAUUAUUGUAACAACCAAAAAAGUGAUAACAAAUUUUGACAAAUUUCUUGAAUCCCUCUAUUCCAAAGGAUCUUUUUCAAAUUUGAUAGACUUAUUUUCUCUUGUCAUAACAAUAUUCUUUUUUUCUCAUAUUAUGGCAUGCAUAUGGUUUUAUGUUGGAGAGAAGAGUGGCAUACUCUUAGAUAAGUCUUGGUUGAAGAAAUAUGAGAUUGAUAAUGAAAGCAUAAUGAUCAAAUAUAACUAUUCAAUAUAUUGGGCUACAACUACUAUUGUAACAGUAGGGUAUGGAGAUAUAACACCCUAAAAUUGGAUCGAAAUAGUAUUCACUAUAAUCAUGAUGUUUUUAUCAAGUUGUGUGUAUGCAUAUUCACUCAAUUCCAUUGGAAUUAUCUUGAAGAAUAUAUAAGAUACAAAGUAUUAAUAUAAAAAAAUGUUAUUGAGAAUUAAUGAUUACAUGGAUAAGAAUAAUGUUGAAGUGGAGUUGUAAUUGAGAGCUAGAAACUUCAUAAAGCAUCAUCUAUUUCAAAAUGAAAAUUUAGAAAGUUAAGAGGAAAUUAAUAAUAUAAUGGAGAAACUACCAGAGGAUUUGAGAAAUCAAAUUACAAAGUCAAUUUAAUUAAAAAUCCUAAAUUAGAUAACUUUUCUCAAAGAUUUAUUUUCAACUUAAGCAGUGACUGAUAUCUCAAGGUAUCUGGAAACCUAAUACUUAGCAUCUAAUGAUAUAGUUUUCGAAUAAAAUGAAUAUAGUGACUCUAGUUUGUAUUUUAUUUUGAAUAAAGUAGAUAUUUCGUCCAAUCAGGAUAGAUAAUCUUAUUCGAAGAGAGAUCUAAUAAAACUUUAGCAACACUAAAAAAAGGUGAUAAAUUUGGAGAAUUCUCUUUUUUUACCGGACUCUAUCCUAAAUGUUCUGCAAAGUGUUUAAAUGAUGCAGUGCUCUAUAAAAUAUAGAGAGACAAAUUCUUAGAAAUCAUUCAAUAUUAUUAAAAAGAUUUUCAAAGAUUCCAUAACAUUAAAGAUUAAAUACUACUAAAUUCUGAUUAUUCAAAGUGUAUCUCAAGUUGCUAGAAUUGCAGAUAAUUCACUCAUUAAAUCAUAGAUUGUCCAUCCUUCUAAUAUAAACCAAAUUUAGAAAAAAGAAUAAAAGCAGCAGCUUUUAAGGAGAAUGAAAAUUCAAGAAUUUUUAAAAAAAGACAAUUUAAUAAAUCUAAUUGCAGAAAACUCUGCAAAAACAUUGAGUUAUCAGUUAAAGCUUUUUAAGAUGAAAAUGAAUCUAAAGUUCAAAUAUCUGAUUAUUUAUCUGGUUAUUUGUACAAAACCACUUAUGAAGAGAAAGAUAAAUACAACUCUGACGAACCAAAAUCUAGGAUUAUCAUAGCUGAGUAAGACCAUGUUCAACCUACGCCUUUAGUUUCAACUAAUAUGCUUUAAUAGAAGAGGCACUAAACGCAAUUUAGACCUUCUAUCGUUGCUUAAAUGCCCAAAUAAAGAAAGUCAAUACUUUAGUAAGAGCUCAAAUCUCAAAAUUAAUUGUUAAAUAACUCUUUCAAUUCUUCAUCAUUCAACAAACUUUAAUCUGAUUUACUAUUAGUCUCAUCUCACCAAACUAGUAUGCAUAUUGAUCAGAUGAUGAAUUAUAAGGAUUAUAUGCCUUAAAAUAAUAUUUCAGCGAUAAUCAUAUAAAUUGAGAAAAUCCCAAAAGGAUCAUCAAAACGAAGACAAAGAGAGCUAGAAUAUUUAAGUAAAUACUCAUUCUUUUAUUAUGUGAAAACCAUGAUAAUUAAAAUAAGAAGAGUUUAGCGUAAAAUGGCAUAGUAAUGGUGA